CAGCUCUGUAAUGUUUUUCGGACCCAUGAGAUGGAAAUUGAGCAGUGCUUGCUGGAGUCGCUCCCCCUGGGCCAGCGGCAGCGGCUGGUCAAGCGGAUGCGCUGUGACCAAAUAAAGGCGUACUACGAACGAGAAAAAGCUUUCCAGAAACGGGAGGGCUACGGGAAGAAGCUGAAACAUGGAAAGAAUCAACGAGUUCAUUUUAAUCUUGCUGAUAUGAUACAGGAUGCAAUCAUCCGUCAUGAUGAUAAAGAAGUGCUACGGCUGUUGAAGGAUGGUGCUGACCCUCAUAUGCUCCUUUCCUCAGGAGGCUCCUUGCUCCAUCUGUGUGCUCGCUACGAUAAUGCAUUUGCUGCAGAAAUUCUAAUUGACAGAGGAGUAAAUGUAAAUCAUCAAGAUGAGGAUUUUUGGACAUCAAUGCAUGUAGCCUGUGCCUGUGAUAAUCCUGAUAUUGUCCUGCUACUGCUACUAGCUGGAGCAAAUGUGCUUCUACAAGAUGUAAAUGGAAAUAUUGCCCUCGAUUAUGCUGUAGAAGGGACUGAAUCUAGCAGCAUCCUUCUGAUGUACUUGGAAGAAAAUGGUGUAGAGCUGAAUUCCUUGCGCCAAAUGAAGAUUCAGAGAGCUAUGACAAUGCUCACAGAUGUCAGACAGCUCAUCUCAAGUGGAGGGAGCGUGAAUCAGAAGAAUGAUGAAGGAGUUACCCUGCUGCAUGUGGCCUGUGCUAAUGGAUACAAGAAUGUUGCAUCUCUGAUAUUAGAUCAUGGGGCUGAUCUCAAUGUAGUGGAUAAUCAGUACUGGACACCCCUACAUUUGGCUGCAAAGUAUGGACAGACCAAUCUUGUGAAGCUGCUUUUGAUGCACCAGGCAAAUCCCAAUCUUCUUAACUGCAAUAAUGAAAAGCCUUCAGAUGUUGCAGCUUCUGAUUUUAUUGAGGAAAUGCUUCUGAAGGCUGAAAUUGUUUGGGAGGAAAAAAUGAAGGAUCCUUUAGCUGUUUCUACUUUAUCUCAAGAAGAGCCAUAUGAAGAGAUCAUCCAUGAUUUGCCCACAAUUUCCAAUAAACUCAAUCCCCUGGCUUUACCGAUUGCCAAGCAAGACAGUUUGCUGGAGAAAGAUACCAUGUUCAAAGACGCAGCUAAAGGCUUAUGUAAGCAGCAGUCUCAAGACAGUGCAUCUGAAAAUAUCCCUGUGAACACCACAACCAAACUUGAGCAGAUCAAGCUAAUGCCUCCAGCUCCAAAUGAUGACCUGGCUUCUCUGAGUGAGCUAACAGACAGCAGUCUGCUUUAUGAGAUUCAGAAGCGUUUCAACAAUAAUCAGAUAUAUACCUACAUUGGUGAUAUACUGUUGCUUGUGAACCCAUUUAAAGAACUUCCUAUUUAUUCUACCAUGGUCACCCAGCUUUAUUUAAGUAACUCUGGAAAACUGUGUUCCUCACUUCCCCCACAUAUAUUUUCCUGUGCUGAAAGAGCUUACCACAUGCUAUUCCAGGAGCAGCGUCCCCAAUGCUUUAUCCUCAGUGGAGAAAGUGGUUCUGGGAAGACUGAAGCCUGCAAACAGAUAGUGAAACACCUCACUUGCAGAGCCACCUGCAGCAGAAAUAUCUUUGAUGCAAAGAUAAAACAUGUAAAUUGUAUCUUGGAGGCCUUUGGACAUGCUAAAACACCCUUGAAUUAUUUUUCCAGCUGUUUUAUAAAGUAUUUUGAACUACAGUUUUGUGAGAGAAAAAAAACAUUAAUUGCAGCUAGGAUUUAUACAUACAUGUUGGAGAAAUCUCGUGUCGUUAUCCAGCCUUUCAACCAGAGUAAUUUUCACGUUUUUUACUUGAUGAUGGAUGGAUUGUCUGCUGAAGAAAAAUACACCCUGUACCUCAGUAAUUUAUCUGCACACAGGUAUCUAAGCCAGACUGUAUCAGAAGAGACGAUGUUAGCAGCCAACCCUCAAAACAGGGAGAAAUUGACCAUACUAAAACAAGCUCUAGGUGCUCUGGGAUUCAAUAGUCUGGAGGUGGAGAACCUGUUUGUGAUUCUCGCAGCAAUUGUGCAUCUUGGAGACAUUCGCUUUACGGCUCUGACAGACGCAGAGACAGCGUUUGUGUCAGACCUGCAGCUCCUGGAACAAGUGGCAGGAAUGCUGCAAGUUUCACCAGAUGAGCUUGCUUCAGCCUUAACAACUGAUGUUCAGUAUUUUAAAGGAGACACGAUUGUUCGGAGGCACACUAUAGAGAUUGCAGAUUUUUACCGGGAUCUCUUGGCAAAAUCUCUAUAUGGUCGUUUAUUUAGCUUUUUAGUCAACACAAUCAACUGCUAUCUUCAAAAUCAAGAUGAGAGUGGCAGUGACCAGGUGUUUGAAAUUGGAGUAUUAGAUAUUUUUGGAUUUGAAGAAUUUCAAAAGAAUACUUUUGAACAGCUGUGUGUCAACAUGACCAAUGAGAAGAUACACCAGUACAUCAAUGAAGUGCUUUUCCUACAAGAGCAAGCAGAAUGUGUACAAGAGGGGGUUGCCAUGGAAACGAUGUAUUCUCCUGGUAACCAUACUGCAGUCUUGGAUUUUUUCUUUCAGAAACCAUCAGGUUUUUUGUCAAUGCUGGAUGAAGAAAGCCAAUCUGUUUGGUCAGUGGAACAGAGUCUUUCUAAACGGAUUCAGUCUUACCUGGACACAUCAGAUACAAAUACAGUCUAUUCCUCCACAAAAGAUGGAAAUGGUAACCUUGCCCCAAAGGAUCUGGGCUCUACCUUCACUGUUAUGCACUAUGCUGGAAGGGUUACAUAUGAAAUUGCUGGUGCGAUAGAAAAAAAUAAAGAUUCCCUUUCACAAAAUCUCAUAUUUGUAAUGAAAACUAGUGAAAAUGUGGUCAUCAAUCAAUUGUUCCAGUCCAAACUGACACAAACUGGUUCACUUGUUCCUCCAUACCAUUCCCUUAAAAUCAAAGGCUGUAAAGCAGCUUUGCUCAGUAAAAAAACAUCUGCAACCUGUGCAAGUGGAGAAGCAAAGAAGUAUAUUGAACUCAGCAAGCUGUUGAAAAAGAAAGGAACAUCCUCAUUUCUUCAGAGACUGGAACGAGGGGGCCCAACCACUGUGGCAAUACAGCUCAGGAAAUCACUUGCAGACAUUAUUGGGAAGCUGCAGAAUUGCACACCACAUUGCAUUCAUUGUAUAAAACCUAAUAACUCCAAGUUGCCAGAUACUUUUGAUAAUUUUUAUGUGUCUGCACAACUGCAGUACAUUGGUGUCCUAGACAUGAUUAAAAUUAUACGACAUGGGUAUCCAGUACGUCUCUCCUUCACAGACUUCUUGUCAAGGUAUAAAGAUUUGGCUGAUACAGUAGCAGGAGAGAAGAAGAAGUUGAGUGCCAAGGAGAGAUGUCGUCUUGUUCUUCAGCAAUGUAAAUUACAAGGCUGGCAGAUAGGAGUCCGAAAAGUGUUUCUUAAGUACUGGCAGGCUGACCAUCUCAACGAUUUGUGCCUUCAGCUUCAGAAGAAAAUUAUAACCUGCCAAAAAGUUGUAAGAGGAUUUCUAGCUCGCCAGCGCUUGCUACAGAAGAUGAGCAUCAAGCAGCAAGAGGUCACCUCAAUCAAAAGCUUCCUGCAGAAUGCUGAGGAUAUGGGACUGAAAACAUACGAUGACUUGGUGAUUCAGAAUGCCUCUGACAUUGCUCGGGAAAAUGACCGGCUCCGCAACGAGAUGAACGCUGCUUACCACAGGGAAAAGGGAGAGGCUAGAAACAGGCCAGAAGAAGGGCACAAAAGAGCUGAAGACAAGGGCGGGAAGGUCUCUGAGGACAGCUUUGCCGGCUGUCGAACAUCUAAGCACUUCCACUCCAGCUCUGUCCCUGUCCCCAUGGCAGUGGAUGGCUUGGUACAUUCUGCAGCUGGGUCAUCCAUCAGAUCCCCCUCCCUGCACUCUGUUUUCAGCAUGGAUGAUAGCAAUAGCCUGCCAUCACCAAGGAAACAGCCUCCUCCCAAACCAAAGAGGGACCCCAACACACGACUGAGUGCCUCGUACGAGGCUGUGAGUGCUUGCUUGUCGGCAGCUUCUAAGGAAACCGCUAAUGAAGUACUGACCCGUCCAAGACCACACAGUGAUGACUACAGUACCAUGAAAAAAAUACCUCCCAGAAAACCAAAGCGAAGUCCAAACACAAAACUUAGUGGCUCUUAUGAAGAAAUACCUGGCCAAAAGCCUGGGGAUGUAAAAAAAGCAAGCACAGUAAUUAAACCAAGUGUCUAUGACACUGUGACAGUACAGAGAGCAGCUUCUACUGAUGGACCACAACAUGGCAUGUUGAAUCUCUUUAUGUCACAAGAAGAGGAGGAAAAUGAGCCUGUCUAUAUUGAAAUGGUAGGGAAUGCCGUGAAAAGCAGUUCUGCUGAAGCAGAGAGUCCAGAACAAGGAGAGUCUGUAUAUGAAGAAAUGAAAUACUUUCUACCAGAAGAAGGAAGCAAUGGUAAUGGAAUACUUCCAGUAGUGACUGGAUCUCCUCCUCUGUUGUUUGAAAGCAAAAAAAUUGUCAACGUUGAAGAUGGAACAUUGGAUGGAAACAGUCAAGCAGCUUUGAUCUAUAAAGACUCAUGUGACAUUCCAGCCCCUUUUCCAAACUUGCUCCCCCACAGACCACCACUUCUUGUAUUCCCUCCAACCCCUGUCACAUGUUCACCUGCUUCUGAUGAAUCACCUUUAACACCACUAGAGGUCAAAAAGCUUCCUGUUUUGGAAACCAAUCUAAAAUACCCUGUGCAGUCAGAAGGCUCAAGUCCAUUAUCACCCCAGUACUCCAAAGGCCAGAAAGGGGAGAAUGAAAGACCAGUAUCUCCAGGCCUGAUUGUGUUCAGUGUUUCCACCAAAGUGACUCCUCCUUCCACACCACCUCCUCCACUGCCACCACCCCCUCCUCCUGUACCACCUCCUGCUUCCUACCGGGCUUCCACACAUUUUGCAUCUCCUCCAGAGACUUGUGCUAAUUUUCUAAUUAAUACAGGGAAGACAGGUACAAAUUCAGAUCUGUCAAAAGUACCUCAGAGACCCAAUUCUGCUCAGCUUGGAUGCUCGUCUUCUCCAUUCUCCAAACUUCCUUACUCCCCAAAGGUGGCCAGAGCGGAUCACAGGAAAUUGAACUCAAAUUCAUCAUCUUCAUUUCCAUACAGCCCUACAAACUCAAGGUCAUUGACCAGUCCCCUUGAUGAGUUAACUAGCUUGUUUAACUCAGGAAGGAGUGUGCUACGCAAGUCUGCAGCAGGACGUAAGAUCAGGGAGCCAGAAGGUGCUGAAACUAAUCUGAACUUGAGGAGCAGGGAAGAUCCAAAUACAUCAGAUCCUGGAUCAGAAACGCAGGAUAAAAAUGCAAAUAACCACGGAACUCAGUCAUCUAAUCCGUUGUCCAGUUCUGUGACUGCUGAAAAUGGAAAUUCAGUAUCAAAUGGAUUACCAGAGGAAAAUGAAUAUUCCAGACUGUCGGCCAGCACUACAGCAGGCUCAUCGAUUCAAAGGCACAGGGAGAGCCACACUAGUCAGGUUAUUCAUCAGCUUAGACUUUCUGAGAAUGAGAGUGUGGCUCUACAGGAGCUUCUAGAUUGGAGGAGAAAGCUGUGUGAAGAGAGAGAAGACUGGCAGCAAAUAUUGCACAAUACUGAGCAAAGAAUCACAGCCCCACCUCCACCCCCUUGUAAGAAGCCGACGCUGCUGAAGAAGGUAGAAGACACCUCCUGCAACAGACUCUCUUCAGGCAUAUGGGAUACCACCAUAUGAUUCACAUGUGUAUUUGCAGACUGCUAGGAAUGGAACCAUCUAAUGUCUUCAAUCUGCACAAUCAGCAAGUUUUCUUCCCUUCACAAAAUGUGCAGGGGUUUUUUACAAGCACUAAUUCAAUAGCACAGGAUGGAGGAGCUGUUUAGAUCUGUCACGUGUGUGUGUGUGUACAUGUGUGUGUUUGUUCUUUUCAUAUAUAUACAUGUA